GCGAGCUUCAGUCGUCCGCGCACCAGCGGCAAGUCCGCCACCCUUGGCACAUUAUUUACGUAAUCUUGCAUCUGUCGUUUACUAAUUCGCUGAUAUUUACAACAACAAAACAUUACGUCCUCUUCAAAAUGUACAGUUCUUCUGGAUUCACAAAGAAGUCUUCGAAAAUGAACAUUACAAGAAUGCAAUAAUUAAGCACUCAGACUGUUUGACGUAAAAGGAAACUUUGAAAGUGGAAAAAUGCUAGAAGCACGACCCAACAGUCGAGAAGGAUUGGUGGAAGCAGCUAGAGGUUCAGAUAUAGACACAAUGUUGUGUGGCUAUACAAAAAGUAUCUAUGUAUUGGACCAGUCUGCAAUAAUGACAAACAUGGACAUGUUGCAACUGUUCGCUUCGCCAGCUGGAAGAGCUCUUGUUACGAAGGAUAAUCGAAAAGGAGGUUCAACGUCGACAUCGUCAUUAUCUCGAGAUUGUUCAUCAAGAAUGAAGAGCGAUAGAGUUGCACCAACCUCCGGGUCUGUAAGUGCGCCUAUAUCUCCUCGUCGGCAACGCAAAUCUAGUACAGAACUCUACAAAGAAGCUGCAGAGAUUCUUGGAUUAACUUGCAGCCUCAGUGACAGUUGUCGAUGCAUCGAUUGUCAAAGCAAUUACUUCGACUGUGAUGAUGAAUGCGGUGAUUCAAAAACAGAACUAGCAGCGGGGACACCAGUUUUAUUGGACCAUGCUUUAUCACACCCAUUGACAUGCACUAUUCAGUGAUUCUGAAUUCUUAACAUGUGUGUCGUGACAUAAGGCCCAAUUGAAAGAAAGUCUUUAUACUCAAGCAAAAUUUUUUAUUCGUCUAUUUAAAAACAAUAUGAUUAUUUAACAAUAAGCAUCAAAGUAUAAAUUGUAAAAUUAAAUGCCAUAAGAAUUUUAAUUUAUUAGAUAAAAAUUACGCAAUUUUAUUUCAACUUCAUUGAAGAAAAAUUCUUCUAAUACACAACUAUUAUAAUCAUACAUGCAGAAAAAAAAUUUUGACUCGACAAAAACUGUUUAAAAAAAACCUAUACCUUAAUGGUCACUGGAAAUCAGCAGGCGAGAAUACAGCACUAUUUUUGAAAUUUUUUUCUACAAGAGGGCUUAACCAUUUAUUGAAAUCUACAAAUUAUUUAUUGAAUUAAAAAUUAACUCUUGAACUAAAUCUAGAAAUUUUGUUCAUGUAUUAUGUAUCGAAUGAUGUUAUUGUUCAUGAUGUGUAAAAUUCUAAAAAACGAAUUUUGCAGUGCAUCACUUAAAGGAAACAAAGAAUAUUUAAAAAUUAUAUUGUAUUUUUAUCGAUAUAUUUAAAAAAGUUAAUGAAUUUACUGUUUCAUUUUCACUAUAUUGAAAUCGGCUGUUUUGUUUUAAAGAUGUUCCGCAAUGGAAACUUUUAAAAAUAUCCGUGCCAAUUCGUUUACUUAAUCAGGCCCAAAAAAUUGAAAAAUGAUUAUUUCUUCUUUUAUUUGUGUCUUCGUUGAAAAAUUAUUAUAAUAUACGGCGUCAAGAAGUAAAAUUAUAAAAUGUUUUAUAGUCGUCAGGUGCUGCCGUCUAUGGUCACAUUUUUAUAGGGUUUCAGUGCGGAAUAUCGUUAAAAAACAAAAUAACCAAUUUUUUACACUUUGAUGUUUUUAGAACUCGUUCUCGUCUUGAAGCACUCUCGACUGCUACUCGUGCUAAAAACAUUAACGUAAAUAAUGGCUGCCUUUAGCCCCUUGAUGCUUAAUAUACUAUUUUUAAAUGCUGUUCGUCAGUUUUUGGAGACUAUCGAAUACCGGACUGUAAAUAGGACAAAUUAAUUUAUUAAUAAUGUAACUUAAUAUCAAUAAGGAAUUACAUCAAUGGCACACGGCGAGAAGGACAUAGUACUAUUUACUAUAAUUUUGUUAAAUUUACUAAACACAUACUGUAUGAUACUAAACCAAUAGUUGGCGCUACUUGUUGAGAAAUUAGAAUUAGCAAUAAUGACGCUCCUUGUGGUUAAUUGUAUUAAUAUUUUUAAAAAUUGGCUAAUUCUAGUUUUUCAAAUACUCUGCCUAGAAUUUUGAAAUGUCUCUUCUAUAUUUCUUCGUGGGUGUACUUAACGUAUGUUGUCGGAUUCACUAUAUCCUUUCUCUCCGUGCAUUCAUAAUUUAUCUAUAUCACAAUAAUUAUUCCUGAUGAAAAUUUUGGAUUGAUAUUUAAUGAGUUUUGAUAAGUAUUAUUCCUAGGCAUUUCGAAAUUUGAUUCCGAUUUAGUUUUUAUCUACAUCUAAAUUUAUAUGUAACCUAACAAAACAUUCUUUUCAAAUUAUUACAUAUCAAUCUGUUUCAUUCUGAAGCUGAAUUUUUAUCCUUAUGAAUUCUAUAAAAUUCUAAUCCGAAUCAAUUAGAUUGGCUUAAAAAAAAGUUGAUACGGAUUAAUUCGAAAUGGAAUUUCAAAGGAUUUAAAAGAAUUAAAAUUUCGUUUCAUAAUGAAAAAUAAUUUGAUAAGAAUUUUUUUUGUUGAAAUACAUAUGAAUUUAGAUUUGGAUAAAAACUAAUUAAUUUAGAAAUGCCUUAGAAUAAUACACCGAAAAAAAAAAUUCUAAAAAUAAUUAUUAUUAUUCCUCUCUAAUGAACCAAUGUUUUGAGAGAAAAAUGAUUUUUUAAUUUAUCUUUUGUUUUUUACACGAACCUUUAACCUAUUUAUAAAGUAACGUUUGAAAAAGUAGAGAUAGAGGAAAAUCCUCUCAAUUAGAUAGGAAUAAUUUAGUGCCAAUAUAUACAAAAGGAAAGGUUGCUGUAAAAAAACGGGAAUCCUUUUUAAAAAAAAUUUUUUUUUCGGUAUUCACUUAUCACAACUGAUUGAACAUCAGUCCGAAACUUUCAUCAAGAAUAUCGACAAUGACGACUUAAAUCUGGCUUCUAAAUCUAUAUAACUUUCUAUAAGAAACGUAAAGUAAAGAGGCUAAAUUGGAUCGCUUUCCUAAAAAAAUUUUCUAAAGAGAGAAUUUAUUCAUAAUGUGACAGAGAGGAAAAUAUGUUACUAAUUAUUAAUUAUAGUUUAUAUAUAUAUAUGUUCAAAUGCCUUCAUAUGAGAAAUAUAUUUAGUAUAAAUGAAAUUUAUGUGCUAUAAAAUCAGUACAAUAUACAGACUGUCAAAUUGAAGGAACCCUCAAUUAGUAAAACAGCUUAAAUUUUAAUUUUCCAAAUUUAAUUUUGCUGUCUUUUCAUAAGUUGCGUUCACAUCGUGUACACGAUAUGAAUGCAAUCAUUUAUUUUUAUUUGCGUAAAUGACGAAAAAUAGCUUACGGAACAUAUAAAACGCUUAAAAAAUCAGUCUGCAAUGUAGGCAAAUUAUAAAAAAAAAAUUUUGUAUACUGUCUAAAAUAUAGUUACUGACAGUAGCUGUUGAUAAAUAAUAAUAGUCAGUCGAUUUCGUAAACAAACUGCAUAAAAAAAUUUUUACUGUUAGAACCGUUCUCAAUUUUAAUGAAUAAGCGAAAAAUAUAUUUGCUUUUAGAUUUUCUGAAUAUACGUUUGACUGUCAUGUUAUACGAAAAUACUAUUAUUUUCAAAUAAUUUAUUUAUAUAUAAUAACUUAAAUUAAAUAAAGACUUUUUAAGUUUAGUAGCUUCUAAGAAAAUGUUUAAGAAUACAUAAUAUUUGAAUAUUAUAAACAAUAAAUGGUUCUUAACUGCCCAAGACCCGUUAAAUGGCAAUAACUUACACUAUAAGUAAAUUUCUAUCAAAACUAAAAUUAUAUAGUGAAAAAUUAAUAUAUCGCCUAAAAACUUUUAAGAUUUAUGUAAACUUGUACUUUACAAAAAAAAUAUAUAAGGCAAUGUACUACGCUUCAAAAUCACUUCCAUUAUUACAAUUUGUUAAAGUUUGCUAUUGAUACUGUUGAAUGUGAUAAAAAAAAUACCGAAAGUAUACUGUGUAGACAAAAAUUAUUUGUAUUUAGAAAAAAAAUAUUUAAAAUAGUUUAUUUAACGAAUAAAAAUCUUUUUGUUUCGUUUUUAAUCAAGUAGUGUUUAAAUUUUUUAUUCGGAAAAUAAAUUUUGCAGAAAGUUUGCUAAUAUUUGGAAUGUGAUAAAUAGAGCGAGAAAAUUCUAUUAAACGAAUUUACACAUUCUGUGACUGAUGCUAAAGUAUUAUUUACGAAGAAUCUACGUAAAAUUGUAGAUAAUAGAUUAUAUAUAUAGCAAUAAUAAGCAAAAAUGAAUAUGACCACCUGAUUUUCGUCACUGUACUUACAUAUAUAUAUAUCUAUACAUAAAUGGUAAUUACGUACUGUCAUGUUUCUGGUUUUCACUUACAAUUUGAUUACUGUUUUUGUAUUUUAAAAAAUUAGUUCAUAGUAUUUUUAGUUUUCAAAUGUCGUAAAUUUAAAAGUUUUAUUUUUCACUUCCAACAAAAUGGUAAAAAAUUUAAAUUAUUCUCAAUUUCUUUAUAAAUGACAGUUUAUAUCACAAGUUUGAAAAUUAUUAACGCAACAACGGUUUAAAACACAAAGUAGGAUACAAUAAUAGAACAUGUAUGAUAUUCCAGUUGUCUUUUUUAAUUUAAUAUAAAAACUAUUUGUACAUUAUAUACAUAUGCUAGUGUAAAUUGAUGAAAUAAAAAAUGAGCUUUUAAAAAUUCCUCAGAGUAAAAAAAAAGUAUAAUUUUUUGCAACAAUCACAUUUAGCUUCUAAUAAAAAGAAUUAAGUUAUAGGAAUAUAGAAAAAUAAAAAAAAAUUUAAUUAUACCCAAUUAUUGUAACAUUUAUAUGGUGGUUAAAAUUAAUAUUCUAUAAAUUUGGAAACAUUUCUCUUGUUUUUCUUAUUUUUUAUAUUUCUGGUAAACAAAAUUACUUAGUUAUAUUCAUUAACAAAAAAUUUAAUAAAUUUUCCAAAACUGUUUUUUAGAAACCUGUAUAUGUAAAAUAAUAAUAAAAAAAAAAUGAUUUCAAAUUUUUUCAUCUGCGAAAGUGGAUAAAUUUUUAUAAUUUUAUAUUCUGAUAAGAACGCAAUUAUUUUUUAACAACCACCGAUGAAGCCAUUUAUUGCAAACAAAUUUGAUAGAUAUUUAAUACAAUUUUAAUUUUUCGUAUCAUGAAACCUAUAAGCUAUUCAUGCGAUUGGCGCAAUCUUAAUACUUAUUUUUUUACUAAGUCCACUAUAUCACAAAAUAUCGCUACAAUGUUUCUUUAACAUUGCUGAUAUAUCUUGUGCUGUGGUGGUCCAUUAAUAUAUGUUUUCGAAAAAACAGAUUAGUAACUACGUUUCAUUGUCUUGUUUUGUUCAUUAUAUUGCCAAAAUGCCUUGUAAAAUUCGAAACAAAAAUACUUUAAGUGCCAAACAAUAUUUUAUGUAUAUGUAUUUUACUAUAUAUUAUGUAUACUAGUAAGAUUUAGUAACAGUUAAAUAUAUUUCAGAUUUAAUUUUCUUUGACAAUAUUCUCAAUUUUCAUGUUACUUCCAUAAUUAUUAUAAUUUUAAAAUCUUCAAUGAAAUUACAUAGACAUUGUUUUCUCCUGUCUCUACAAUGUAGAUAUAGAUGCCCUUUUUCAUAUUGUUCAUUAUAUUAAAAUAAAUAAAAAAAAACAUGUAAAAAUUCUUAAAGUAAUAAAGUAGUAAAUGUACCUAUACAUUAAUAUAUUAAACUUCGUAAAGCUGAAAUUAAUGAAGCAGAAGAAAAUUGAAAAAUACAUUUAUGCCGUAUACAGCUAUAAGAUAACGUAUGAUUUAUGAAAUGUGAUCGCCAUUAUUCUUUACUAUAUCAGAAAUAAAAAUGUUUUACUUUUCUUCUUCAAGCGCGCGUUAUUUAUGUGAAAUAUACCAUUUUAAAUGGUAUAAUUCCUUAAAUAAUUAGAUAUAUUAAAUUCACACUAUGUACAUUAUCUACAUGUAUGUAUAUAUAGACAAAAUUUAAUUAAAAAUACGAAAAUUGCAUUGA